AUGCCACACUCUCUCCCAUCAUCGCCCAAGUCGACGCCCCGUAACGGUGGUAAUGGCAUCACCAAGUUUACCAACUGCCGCAUCCUCAAGGGCGACCGGCUCGUCUCGGAGGAUCUCUGGGUGAACUCGGUCACGGGCAAGAUCGUGCGCAGCCAGGCCGCCUUCUAUGACGACUUGAACCUGCCCGAUCAGACCGUGGACCUGGGAGGCCGCAUCAUCUCGCCCGGCUUCAUCGAGUGUCAGCUGAAUGGCGCGUUUGGCUUCAACUUUUCGACGCUGCUGGAGCCUGCAGAGUAUGCCAAGAAAGUAAGGGGUCUCAACAGACAGCUAGUACAGACGGGUGUCACCAGUUAUGUUCCCACUAUCACAUCUCAGACUAGUGAGUUGUAUAAGAGGGCAUUGCCAUUUUUGGCACCAAACGGGCAUGUCCAGGUUGCAGAGGAUGGCGCAGAGUCGCUAGGUGCUCACGUUGAGGGACCCUUUUUAAAUCCAACCAAGAACGGCAUACACAAUGUGGACGUCCUGUUACGGGCAGACUCAUUUGCCGAUCUAGAGGAUUGCUACGGCGCCUCCAACCUCGAGCGGGAUGAGCACGGCAACCCGCCCGUCAUCCGGAUGAUCACGGCGGCCCCCGAGGUUGGCGGCAUGUCCGACCUCAUUGGCAAUCUCACGGACCGGGGUAUCGUCUUUUCCAUCGGCCACUCAGAGGCGACGUACGAGGAAGCCUCCAAGGCGGUGGCCUCUGGGGCUUCCAUGAUCACGCACCUCUUCAACGCCAUGCGCCCGCUGCACCACCGGAACCCGGGCAUCUUUGGCGUUUUGGGCAUCGCCGAGAGCCAGCCGCGCCCCUAUUUCGGCAUCAUCGCCGACGGCGAGCAUCUGCAUCCCACCACGGUCAAGAUCGCCUACAAUGCCCACCCGGACGGCUUCAUCCUCGUCACUGACGCCAUGCACCUCGUCGGACUACCCGACGGUGCCUACUCUUGGACCAACGGAGACUGCACCAACCACAUUGUGAAGAAGGGUCCGUUGCUGUUGUUGGAGGGAUCAGACAAGAUUGCCGGCAGUUCCAUCACCCUGAUAGAGUGCGUCAACAACUUUCUCAGCUGGUCUGGUGAAGAUGUGCCGAGCGCACUCAGGGCAGUAACGUCUACGCCGGCUGCCAUGUUGGGUUUGCUGGGUUCAAAAGGCUGUCUCGAGGAUGGAGCUGAUGCUGACCUGGUGAUUCUGUCUGAGCACCCAGCCAACGGCAAUGGCGGAGUUACACUCAACGUGGACGAAGUAUGGAAGUUUGGUACCAAGGUUUUCAACCAAUAG